AUUAGCACACCUAAAUCUUUAGAUAAGUAAAUUUAAAUCAUUAGCAUAAUUACUUCCAUUUUAGUCCUUCGAUUUGGAAUACGUACCCGGUGACUUCACCUCAUUCAAGGAUCAACAUCCCACCCGAGAAUCUCUAUUGGAAAAUAAAUACAAUCGAGAUUACAAUACAGAGCCUCCAUUGAAAUUGGAUGCAAAUCUAUUGGGUGACCAUGAGUGUAAAUCUCCACCAAACAACUGUGAACCGCCACCAUUAAAGCUUACGCCAAUUUUGCCUCAAACUUCGGCCCUGGUCACUUCAAAUCUCUCACCACGCAUACAAAAUUUGGAUUUGCUCGAUAACACCUUAGGUAAAUUGAAUGACACACAAUUUUCUUCAAAUGUCUUCGAAGACGAUUCGACGGCGAAAAUGAAUGGAACACAAACCAUAACAGGAAAACCAAAUGAACGUUGUCCAUCACCCGUAGUUCCAGCCCAUACAAAUUUUGAGUUGGCCAGACGUAUGCAUCAGACGAAUUUAAUGCACAACCCCCUGCCGGACUGUGUAGCUGAUCUUGCAUUUCGAAGACUACAAAUUACCGGGGAUAAUCCUGGUUUGGCUUUGGACAUUGAACCCAUAGCCAGUGGGGUUGGAGUUAAAACCCACAACGCCGGUCCCACGCAUUGUACCAAAAUGAAAGUGUAUAGACCUCAAACAUCAGGAGUUGUACCCAGAGCAUACAAUAAUAGUGACAAUUUUAGAUCCUUUUCUGCUGCCCCAUAUCCAGACAAAAAAGUCGGAGCAAUGGAUUUGGCAAUUUGUUGGGAUUUACCCGCUCAAGAACCACCUCGACCAAGACACGUAGAUGGCUCAAACGACUCGGCUGGUCCGGCUGUAUUUAAUUUUGUGAAAAGUCCACGAGAGGACCCACCUUUAAAUACUGGACGUUCAGCUGGGGUGUUUACCAAUACCCUGGGCGAAACUGGAUUCUUUGACAAGGAUAUUUUAAGACGUAAGACUGAUUUUGGUGGUCAUCGCAUACAAACUGAUGAGGAUUUGGAUCUUUGCCGUCCCAUGCCAAGAGCACGAAGUGUUUCAAGGGAAAAUAGUGCUUGCAACAGGAUUCAACGACUCACCAAACAGUUUCAAUCAAACCCCGAUAUAUCCGAUCAAGAUUAUAAAACCUUGCGAGAAAAAUACUUAGGGCCAGGAUGUGAUUUUGACUCUUCCCUUGAUCCUGGUGGCUGUAAAAGGCCAGGAUUUUUUAGGAGAGCCCGAUCUCGCAUUUGCCACAAAGUGGCACCUGAACCAAACUGUCAUCGCCAUUUUACGGAGAAAAGGAUGCCCUGUAAAGCAGCAUUUCGUGCGGGUCUACCCAGAUUCAAUGCAGCAGGACAUUUCGUUAGUUCCGAUAGUGGUUGCAGCAUGGGUAGUCAUCAUCACCCCCAUUCACAACGUGUCUUGGUAGUGCCAAAACCCCGCAAUCCCUAUGCGAAAAAGAACUAUGACAUUGACACCCUAGUGCCGCCCUUUAAAAGCUAUGGUGGUGGAGCUGGAGAAGGCGGCUAUCCAGAACAUUGGCGCUUAACAAGCGUCUAUCAACAGGCCUACAAACCAAUUCAGAGCCGACGCAAACCUCUCAUACAAACAGUUUACAAAUGAAUCUACACACACUUUUAAAUGGGCAUUUUAUUUUAUUUGAUAAAGGUGCAAUUGAUAACUUUUGUAAUAACGUACAUAAAAAAAUAUGUAAAA